AUAGACAUCUGCUAUGAUUCAUACAACCUUGCGCUCCCUCUUGAGAGUAUCUUUUGCUCCCAGAGCAUCUUGCGCCAAACCUGCCUCUCCAUUCCCUGUCCGGAACCUCCCUUCUUAUCGCACGUCUCCAUUUCCUUCGCAUCACUGCAGUAUAUCCCAUCCCCGAAGAACAAUGGCCACUGCUAGCUCUCUGGCCAGCGCGCCGCUGGACCCUCGACCAGUCUUCUUUUUUGACAUCGACAACUGUCUUUACUCCAAAGGGUGCAACAUCCACGAUGAGAUGCAGACAUUGAUAAACAAGUUCUUCGUCAAGCACCUUUCCCUGAAUGCCAAUGACGCACACAUGCUCCACAUGAAAUACUACAAGGAGUACGGUCUCGCCAUUGAAGGUCUCACGCGCCAUCACAAGAUCGACCCCCUCGAAUUCAAUCGCGAAGUGGACGAUGCGCUGCCGCUGGAUGAAAUUCUCAAACCGGACCUGAAAUUGCGCAAGCUGCUCGAGGACAUUGACCGGAGUAAAGUGCGGAUGUGGCUUCUAACAAACGCAUACGUGACCCACGCGAAAAGGGUGGUGAAGCUAUUGCAGGUAGAUGAUAUGUUUGAGGGCAUCACGUACUGUGACUAUUCGCAGCUACCGCUAGUUUGCAAACCAAGCCAGGUCAUGUACGAAAGGGCGGAAAAGGAGGCGGGGGCUUCGAGUACGUCGGAGUGCUACUUUGUUGACGACUCGCAUCUGAACUGCACCCAUGCCGCUGACCGGGGCUGGGCCGUAGCCCAUCUCGUCGAGCCUGGGAUACCCCUGCCCCAGGUCCCGGCCUCUCAAUACAUGAUCCGAAGCCUGGAGGAGCUGAGGACCUGCUUUCCUCACCUGUUCAAAGGCAAACAUGAAGCAUAGAAAGAUUUAUACCCUUUGAUAGAUAGAUUCUUAGAUGUGAACGGCCUCGUUUUUGAAGAUGUCACGAAGACCAUGAGCAACGUUACUCCUGUCUUUUGGUUAUAGAGAAUAUAUACGAUAUUCACCUAGAAGUUGUAUGUAUUUAGUCAUCAAUCGCGCCCUUGGGAUCUCAAUAAUUCUAGAAAUGCAGU